GGUAGUAUGUCCUUGAGUGAAUAGGCUGAGACGGUCGUUGACCGUAGAGUAUGAUGAACUACUACUGGCAUUAUAUAAAAUAACCUCCUUUCUACAGUAAAGAAUUGGUAACAACAGUUAGCUGCGGACCAGCUAUGCCAUACUCAACAUUCCUCCCUGCCACCUGCAGGUAGAUAUUGUACUUGUGCCAGAACUGUGCGGUAUUAUACUCGUUCAGUUUUUUUUAUUUGUUUACUUGUGCGUCACCAGGCGUUUUAAACGUCAUGAGCGUCUUGCUCCCUAACAUGGCGGAUUUCGAUACUAUCUACGAAAUGGACGAAGAAGAUGAAGAACGACUGGUAAGUGAGGAGCAUCCCUCGAGAUACGCACCGGAUCCAGUGGUUGUGCGGGGUGCUGGUCACUUCACAGUGUUUGGCCUGAGCAACAGAUUUGAACCAGAGUUUCCGUCCAUCCUCACAGGAAAGGUUGCUCCAGAAGAGUUUAAGAUGAGUAUUGGCCGGGUAAAUUCGUGUUUAAAGAAGAACCUCACAGUGAACGUGAAGUGGCUGCUUUGUGGCUGUUUGUGUUGUUGUUGCACAUUAGGUUGCAGUUUGUGGCCAGUUAUCUGCCUUAAUAAAAGGACAAGAAGAUCAAUUCAGAAAUUAUUAGAAUGGGAAAACAAUCGGUUAUAUCACAAGCUUGGGCUGCAUUGGAAGUUAAGCAAAAGAAAAUGUGAAACAAGUAAUAUGAUGGAAUAUGUAAUUUUAAUAGAAUUCUUACCAAAGUAUCCUAUAUUCCGGCCAGACUGAAGAAUAGUGUUUGCGCCUCUUGAAGUAGAGCCUGUCAUUCCUAUCCUCAGUGCCUUCGUAGCUAAUUUUGAAUACAAGAAAAGACUGUCUACUUUACUGCGUAUUCAUUUACUUGCACAUUAGGAUCCCAAGUCAACUUUUCUUCUUGUCUCCUUAGAAGAAAACAAUUUGCACAUGUACUUCUGUUUCAUUAGUUUAUAAUAAGUAUGUCCUUUGUUACACCAUGUGUGUUACCCAAGAAGGGUAAGUAAUGGAGUUAGCACUUGGGGUUCUAAUAUCAUGUUCGUAAGGGCAUAUGAGGAAACAUGUUUAUUCAUGUGCCCUGCAGUUCUCAUCAUUGUUGUGUCUCGUUUUAACAGGCGUUAUAAACUGUCUUGAUAAGCAUAUGCAUUUCACUAGUAAUCCAAGAUUGAGAAAACAGUGAAAUAUUUCUUGAAGGCUGGGGUGAGAACACCCUUGUGGUUAAUGGAAAUGCAUUUCAAGAUUAAUGUACUCUGUUUUGAUCCAGCCAUGGGAAAUUUGUAACACACAACACCAAAUCAGUGAUGCCAGAGGCCAAGUCAGAGAUCUCAUAUCUUGUCCACUGUUGCUUGGUGUAUGCACACUGUUUGAUGGUGCAUUGCUGACUUAUGUGGAGAGAGAGAAUAACCUGCUGUCAUUUUUUUCUGAUCAGUUAGUCUUGUCAGGAUGUAUCAGUUUGCUGAAGUUGACAGAAAACUACUUGAGUAUUGUCUGAUAAAAAACAGGAGUGGAGGGUUGUUCAUCUGCCCUGUUAGUUUCUGCCAUUUGUAUUUAUCCAUGUUCAGAGUUAAUUUAAAGGCAAGUAGCACUGGCUAGAUCCACUAGAUCAAAAUCUGCUGCACAUUGCAUUAGGGAUACAGACACUUCCUUGUUCUUUAUAUAUUUAAAAAAAAAAGAUGCUGUCACUGAAGCUGUACUUCAGUGUUUAGCUUUCCUAAGUCUUGAUAUGUUCUUAUUUUAUAGUAACAUACAUAACUCAUAGUUACAAGAAAGUAUAGUACAUCAAAAACACAUUAGUAUACAUUGCAAUUGGCAUAAAUCCUUAUUUCUUGUACAGCUGUGAAGUCUGCUGUCAGUCCCUGCAGAUCAUUUACAUUAAAACUAAUGCACCUUAUCAGUGUUUGCCGAAAUAGCAUAAAUAAAAUCAGCCUGGAAAGAAUAGAAAUAGUUUAAACUGAUGUGAAGACCCCAAUUUUUUAAUCUCCUUUGAUGUUGUUCCUUAAUAUGAAUUAUUCAGUAAUGAAUAUAUUAUUUUUUAGUGAAAGGAACUCUGUUACGGGAAGACAUUACCCUUUAUAAUUAAGGUAGAUAGGGCCAUGUCUGGUUUAGUGGCAAGUUAUAGGUAUAUCUAAUGCAAUGCAUAUUCAAUAGAACUCUAAAGUUCCAGACUAAUGGACUCAGAACUCCUGUAUCUUCUUUUAAAAAACACAGCUGUGUGCUUGAGACUUUGCUUGUUUGGCACAGUUCUCUGUAAACUGUUUAAUUGGGCACUGCUGUGGCACCACAGAGUUUUCAAAUCAUUGUAGUACUUGCUUUCUCCUCCUUGUGUAGAUAGAUAUAGUUAAAGGAAAUGUGUUAUUGUGCCAUAUUAUAGUCUUCAAUUUGUUUAGAUUUCAAAUUGAAACACACAUUGUACGACAUUUUGUCAGACAGGUUAUGGUAAGUAACCUGUAAAAUCCAAGUGAAAGGUAGCUAAUUGCGAGUAGGGCUGGAAGCUUAAAGCAUUAUGAGUACUGGUACUCUGUUGUAUUGCCAUUUAUGUGUAAAGCAGCCUGCUUUGCCAGAUUUUUUCCCUGACUGACUGUGUCAGCUUUGGAGAGUUCCUUUGUACAAAAUAGUGAAACAGAGUGCUAAGAACGUUAAGAAUAUAGCUUGAGUAGUCUAUGGUGUCAUUAGAAGCCUCAAGAUUAUAGCACUACACUUUAUAUUGCCACUUAUUUAUUUUUAUGUGCUUUGGGAGUAGCUUUCUUAAGAUAACCACUGGAUGUUUAUUUGUUUCUUUUUUGGUGCCUUUUAUUUUGCUAAGUAAAAUGCUUACUGAUCCUAUAACUGAGACUGAAAUUAGGAUGCUACUUCACCAUCUCUUCAACAGCACAGCCAUUAUAUUUAUUUCAAAAGUAAUGUCGAAUAGGCUGUUGCUGAUUUAAAUUGAAGAAGAAAGUAGUUCUGGACAGUAAAGAGCUUUAGAAAAGAAUUCAGAGUUAAUUUAAAGGCAAGUGGCACUGGCUAGAUCCAGGUCUGUCAGUCUGUUGAAACAAGCACAUUUAAUUUCCACAAAGAGUUUUUCCCAUUAAAAAAAUGUUAUUCUGUUUUGUAAUGUAACAUACAUGCAUUACAGUAUACGAGUGUUUACAGAAGCUGCUCAGUACAGAUUUUAUGAAUAUUUCUAAACAAUGUUCUUUUUUGUAAUCCUUUAAACCUUUCACGUGUUGUUACGUGUUAAGCCAUAUUAUGUACAGAAUGCAGAUUAUGACUGACUUGCACUUUGCAGAUAACUAAUUAGAAAAUGCGAAGUUUUGCUUUGUUUGAAGAUUUUAACAAUUUUUGUAAUUAGUAUUUUUUUAUUUUCUUUGUAUCCUUAAAUAUUUAAAAGGGAAAGGUUUUAUUUUAUUUUCUCCAUUGUAAAAUGCUUCCACUUAAAGUUUCUAAGAGCCAAAUAUGAAAUUGGAAUGUAUUUUAUAAGUAGUAGGUGGAAAAGUUUAUCUUUAGGGGAUUUUUCACAAAGUGUAAGUGGACAUGACUGAAAGUAUUGGUCUUCACUGUAGGCAUUUCCCUUUUUACUCAGGCAUUGAGUUGCUGUUCCACACGAAUAAUGUAUAUACAUUACAUGUAAAAUAAACACUGUGGCUUA